GGAUUGGAUUGGAUUGGAUUGGCUCGCUUUGAAUUGAAUUGUUGAUCACAUUUCAGCCAUGCCGCAUACAGGUCAAGCUGGUGUCAACCAAUUGGGCGGCGUUUUUGUGAAUGGUCGUCCUCUGCCGGACUGCGUCCGUCGAAGGAUCGUCGACUUGGCUCUGUGCGGAGUGAGGCCCUGUGAUAUAUCCCGCCAGCUUCUGGUUUCCCAUGGCUGCGUUUCCAAAAUUCUAACUCGCUUCUAUGAGACGGGCUCCAUUCGACCGGGCUCCAUUGGCGGUAGCAAGACCAAGCAAGUGGCCACGCCCACCGUGGUGAAGAAGAUCAUCCGGCUGAAGGAGGAGAACAGCGGCAUGUUCGCGUGGGAGAUUCGCGAGCAGCUGCAGCAGCAGCGCGUCUGCGAUCCCAGCUCUGUGCCCUCGAUCAGCUCCAUCAACCGGAUUCUGCGCAACAGCGGUCUGUGGACGGAUGAGAUGACCUCCAGUCAGCAGAAUGCCGCAGCAGCAGCAGCAGCAGCAGCGGCGGCAGCGGCUCAUCAAGCGGGCAGUGGGCCAUCGAAUGGUUAUGGAAGCCAAGCUCCGCCCCCUUCGGCGACCGUGGCCCCACCCACUGCGGCAGCCACGCCCUCCAUCGCACGGUACACCAAGCCGCCGGCAUUGAUGAUGAACACCGCCGGUGAGAUGCCCAUUAAACCCGCUCCCAAAAUGCCGCCCAGCAUGGGACAUGGCCACAGUCACGGCCUGAACCCAAAUGUUUCGGGCCUGGACUUGAGUUACUCCGCUCUCCACAAGCACUGGCUGUGGAAUCCCUCCCUGCUCUACUACACCCAGGCUCACAUUCAGGCCCAGGCGGCGGCGUCGGGUGGUCAAUUCCUGCCCUAUGCCGGCGGCUAUUUGCCCCAUGCCAUGGCAGCGGCGGCCGCAUCUUCCACAUCCGCACUGGGUGGAUUCACCAAGUCGGAGAGCUCCAUCGAUCUGUCGACACCCGGAGCGGCUGGCGAUGCACUUAGUGACUGCGACUCCGGCAAAUCUUCGCCAGCAGCGCUCUCCCUAACCGCGUCUGGCGGUGGAAAUGGAGCUGGAUCAGCUCCAGAGGCUUCACCGGGUUCGACACUCGGCCACAGUCGCAAGCGGAAUCCGUACUCCAUCGAGGAGCUGCUCAAGAAACCGGAGAAGCGACUCCGACUGGAUAGCAAUCGUCUGGAGUGCCUGGAGUCCAGUUCCUGCGAAAGCAGCCAGGAUAGUCCAGUUGCUCCGCCCCUGGAAACUCCAGAGGAUGAGGAUCCCGCCGAGGGGGAGGAGGAGCCAGAGGAGGAGGACAGCGUUGAGGUGGUCAACUGAAUCCACUGAAUGCGCAUUGCCACUGACCCAGUUUUGAUCUGUGUAUAUAUAGCAACCUAGUUUAAUCGUAAACGCCCCAUUCAACCAAUACUACUUUAAUCUAAGGUGGAACUCGAACUGAUGGAAUUUCUUUGGUCACACGAUUAUUUCACUUUCUUUUCUCCCAAACUGGAU